ACAGUGACGGUCGCAUUGGACGAGAACACGAAAAGAUAUGAAUAAUUGCGGGAGAUAGGUUAACACAAACAACUUUAUUGAGAACAAUAGAUAUUGUUCUGUCGAAAAACCUUUGGCCAGCUGAGUCCGUAUUUUUACCCUGCCAUAUAUUUCUCAUAAGCUUGUCGGCCACUUCAGUCAUCGGAAGAGUAAUUCAACUUUAGUACCUUUUUUUCCGUGGACUCGGAAUCGCUCAAUUGGAUAACAGUUCAAGCAAAGUUCUCCAGAAUAUCUACGUCUAUCCAAUGAUUGUGGCAGCAAUAAUUUCGGCUUCCCUUCUGUACUCCGCUUGCAUCGCCGCAAAGGAACCUGCAUCAAGGCGGAAAGGACAAGCACCAACCACUGGUCCAAGUUCUGCGAAACCAGCACUUCUUUGCGGAAACCUUACUUCAUGUAACUUGGGAGAAAAACGGGUCUGCUUAUUGACAGACGGCGUAAAAUCCCCUCCGAAGUGCAUACAUGCCCGAGCCAGAUGUAAGGACGUCUGGAAAAGCUACUGCAAGCAACCUGAAGUCCCCAUCUGCAAAGACGACAUUACUGAAUGCUUAUGCAGCUGUGGACAACAACAAGGAUAUUUUGACACACUAUGGAGACAUUCUCGCUCUGUAUCACCUGUCAAAGAUCCCCGACAACUCUUGGCGUCUGCCGACUAAUAAGGGACAGUGCAUCAGAUAUUUAAAAAGGCUUCAGGAUGCAAUUUUACCGGACGAGAAAUCACGAGACAGAGGUGAUGGUAAGCAGUGAUGCCAUCGCAUAAAUGAGCACGCAAUAAAGGAUUGGCGACAACCCCACCUAUUGUCUCC